AUGUCCACUCUAUCAGCAAUCUCCAUCCUCCCUGCAUCCCCAGAAGAUGCGCCUACACUAGCUCGCGUCCACGGCGAUGCAUUCCAAGACUCCCCACUCAACGACCUCAUGUUUGGUCCUCCGACAGAGGAGAACCUGAAGGGGUUCGAAGGCCACCUGGCGGAACUCAUCGCCAGCGAUAAGGCAGCAAGAUUCGCGAAAGCCGUCGACAACGACACGAAUAAGAUCGUAGGGUGGACCUGGUGGAAUUUCUUCCCAGAUCGUGAGUCGCGAUUGCAAGGCUCGGAAGCUUUCGCAAAGGAACAUGACGCCGCGCCUGAGUCUGCUCUCAGUCCUGAGGCGUAUAAAGAGUACUUCCAGGGGGUGGCCGCGAGACAGGAAAAAUGGAUUGCUGGGAGGCCUGUUGCUUUUCUAAGAGUCCUUGUCGUUCUCCCCGAGUACCAGAGGAAGGGGAUUGAAGCGGGCUAUGAUUUGUACAAGAAGCUAGGCUUCAAGGAUCUUAAUGAUAGCAUUGUUAUUAACUUGGCCAAGUACGGAGAGUCGGGUAUAACGACUACGGCGUUGAACCGUUUCGAAUCAAUUUAA